AUAGAAGAUUGUGGUGUGAUGAUUCGCGUCGAUUGUGUGCUGUGAACUUGACCGAAACAUCUGCUUUGGUAUAGUGCCAGCUAGAGAACUUGAAAAGAACGUUCGCACGGAGAAGUCGGAUAAAAUUGAUUGGGAACGUCUUAUUUGCAGGCUUACAUUCACCAUGGCUCAAUCUGCGGCGACAGUGUUCGUAACUUCCUUCCCGCUCAACAGCACCACGACAACCGGCGACGGCGAAGAUCAACAAACGCCAACGCAGCCAAAGGAUCGCAACUGCUGCUCCCGCGACUCUCUGUCCAGCAACGAUGACUUCGACUGCGGCGCCCGCAAUGGUGGCAUCUCAGCUACUGCAGUCUACGCUCGCUCCUCGGCGACCCUCGGUGACCGUUGGCCGGAGUGUUGAUGCGUCUCCGACCACCAGCGGUGCCUCCGUCCUGGGUGCGAGUGGCGGCGGUGGCGACGGUCGCCUGAACCGGCCGCGAAGGGAGAGCUUUCUGUUGGCCGAAGCCAACCGUACCGCAUCGCUGAAGACACUUUCGUGCGACUUGAGUGAGCUUUUGGUGAAAAAUCUGAGCCUCCGGCGAAGCGCGACGUCCGAGAGACGCCCACACGGUGGCGACACGCUCGAGGAACUGUCCGCGUGUGGUGGUGGUGUUGGCAGUCCUCCUGGCAAUGGUGGUGGUGGUACGACCAGCAAACCGCACCACAACAUCAACAACAACAACAACGGGGGCCGCAACUCGCUGUGCGAAACGUUCACAUCGGUCAACAAGCUCAUUAAGCUGAAGCGCGUCUCGAGUGAUGGUAACAGUGUGAGCCGGCCGUCCACGACGCUAGUCACGACGGUCGGAGGAGGAAGGAACUGCACGAAACUCGUGGACCAGCCGAGCGCGGCGGUCCGCUGCAAGCGGGUUGCGAUUAGUGUGCGCGAACGGACGUCCAACGGCGCUGCCAGUGACGAGGCCACCGGCGAUAACAGUGUCACCGUGCGGGUGAAUAGUCCGACGUCGGACGCAGAGGAGGACGAGGAGUACACCGGUGGUCCGCGGGUCGCACGCAAGCGUGUGAUAGUGAACCAGCUGAAUCAGGUCGAUGAGAACUGUCCCCUGCUGGCGGCGGGGAAUGAGCGUGAAACGGCGGUAACGUUCCGCACGAAGGACACAUCGCCGCUGGUGUUGUUCAACAACAGCACCGGCCGGAAGCCGUCGUGCGUGGUGGCCGCGGGCCCGAGUGCGGAAAACUGUGCCGUGCCGAAGGUGGUACUGCGACGCCGGGUGCUCCCGUUCGGUGGGGAGCUCGGUGAAUUGAAGCGUCGCAGCUUGCAGUGGCCCAUCGGUGGCGGAACACAGUGUAGCAGGGCUCCGAUAGUGGAGGAGCCGUCGGCCGAUACAGCGGCCAGCGUCCAGCGGGAACGGCGCCGUGACACGUCGACCAAGUUCCGGCAUUCCUGGAACGCACCACGAUACGAUACGCUGGAGGAGGACUCCGAAGGUGGAGAUUGCCGAAAGGACUUUGCCUCGAUCAUUCACAACCUGGCUGGACUAAGGAACCACCUGGUCAAUGGGACACAUGAGUCGGUGUCCCUGCUGGAGCAGCACUCGCCUCAAAUCGUGCCGUCGAAGGCCGCGCGUCCCACGUCGCUCGGGUCCGGCCAGGGCCGGCGGGGCCGUCCGUCGAGCUGGAUGCAAUCAUCCUCGGUGGCCCUGCCCUCCGCAAGGACGGCCCCGGCCGUCAGUGAUGGUGGUGGCGGCGGUGGAGGGGCCAUCGGGGUAGGCCACACAACCGAAAGCAGUCCUCAUGCCGGGUCGCUGGGCGCCCCGGUUCCUCGCAAGCGGCGCUUCGAAGCAUUUCUGAAAAAUCUCGUCGGCCGCCGCCCAUCAAAGGAGACCCCUCCGAGUGUCCCCGCCGCUGCUCCGUUUCCGCCGCUACUACCUUCGCCGGAGAUCAAGAUCAGCAAGAGCCCGUCCGAGCACAACCUGGCCGAGUUCGAGCGCAGCCGGUUGAACAUCUCGACCACCUCGCUGUCGUCGGUUCACCAGAAACUGUGGUCGGUGGUGCCGCUGCUGAAGCGGGACGUCAGCUGCAGUAGCCUCGCGUCGCCCAAAACAACGCCCCUGCUGCUGCUGGACAGCCAGGCGGCCGGUCACUGCGGGUCCGGCGGGGUGCCCGGAAACCAGCAGGCCGCCAGCGGAGGCCUCCGCAAGUGCGAAACGGUACUGGCACUGACCAGCUCAGCCUCGCAAACCCUCGAGCCCAUCCGGCCGCUGAACCGGUUGCGAAACUGUGCGUCGGUCGCAACCUGUUCCCGUUGCUCUAGUCUUCUCUCGCUGGCCGCGGCCGGUUCGCGGUACUCGCUGAACGCGUCGAACGGAGCGUUCGUUCCGGUUGUGGCACCGGCUACUGCUGCCAGCGAUGCCAACUUCAACUCCUCACAUCCAGCACAUCCCGAUGGGUCGCGGGUGCGUAAAAAACUGGACGGACCGGGCAGCGGGUCGAAGCGAAAGCACGUGGGCAACCUGCUGCGGCUAAUGACCAGCCACAGCUCGUCCUCUUCGUCCAGCUCGUCCUCGGAAGCCUCGUCGCCCUGUUCGCCAUCAUCGACGUCGUCGUCGUCUUCGUCGUCACCGAACGGCUCUGGCAGUCCGGGUGCCGCCAGCGUUUCGUCGAAAACGAUCAUGUUUGUCGCUAGUCCUCCCGCCGGGACGACGUUGCUCGUCCCGGUUCCAUCUCUGGGCAGUCCUACACCUGCAGCAGCCGCGCUUACGCCAACCGUUAAGUUCACCUGCAAGUUGUGCCUUGGCGAGUUUAGCGCCGAGAACCUCACCCGAAUAGCGCAGUGUGCGUGUUCGUUCUGCACCGAGUGUAUGACGGCCUACAUCGAGUUUGAAAUUUCGGAGGGUGCGUACGAGGUGUCCUGUCCGGACGCAAUGUGUCCCGCGCAGGGCAUCAUCACGAUGGCAGAAAUAUCCGCCCUGGCCUCGCCCUCGCUGGUGGAAAAGCAUCAUCGCUAUCGACUGAAUAGAGAGGUAGAACUGGAUCGGUUCCGGACCUGGUGCCCGAAGGCGGGCUGCGAAACGAUUUGCCGCGUCGGUGGCGGUAGUGGGGCCACUUCGAACGCCACCCAACAAACGUCCUCGUCUUCCUGCACGGACCGGAUCGUGCCCCUGUCACCGUCGUCCUCCAGCAUGCCCUCGCCGUGCGCCGUACACUGUCACACCUGCCGGGAGGACUUUUGCUCCGGCUGCAAGAAAGCGUGGCACCCGAUGAUGUCGUGUGAGGAAAACUCGCGCCGGCUGGCGGUGGACGGUCAGGCGGACGUGCUCGGCAUCCCGUUCGACAAUGAUCUCAUCAAGUGCUGCCCGAUGUGCACCGUGCCGAUCGAGAAGGACGAGGGUUGCGCACAGAUGAUGUGCAAACGCUGCAAGCAUGUCUUCUGCUGGUACUGCUUGGCUAGUCUGGACGACGAUUUUCUGCUGCGACACUACGAUAAGGGGCCGUGUAAAAAUAAGCUUGGCCAUUCGCGAGCCUCCGUUGUCUGGCACCGGGCACAAGUCAUCGGCAUCUUCGCCGGGUUCGGCAUUCUGCUGCUCGUCGCUUCACCCCUUCUGCUGCUGGCCGCUCCCUGCAUCGUGUGCUGCAAGUGCCGCAUAUGCAGCGGCGCCGCUAAGCUGGAAGAAACGGAAGUGGACUACGAUGACGUGGCGGUCGCACUUCACAGCAGCUCAAACCCGCAACGAUAAAAGGGUUUCAGGGGCUCACGAAACAUUAGCGCUUCCCAAUCGGAUGUGAACGAGAAAGAUAGAGAGAGAGAGAGAGAGAGCGAGAGAAUGUUGAUAGGAAACACGACAAAUUUGCAUUCCCUUGUGGGAAGCAUACGGAUACUGCAGUAUUUGUUUUCUUUCUGUUUGUUCCUUCUGGCUCGGUUCAAAUCUUCGUAAGGAGGUCCCACAAAUCAGCCCCACUUGGGAGGUGAGUCGUUUCCACCUGUAUUCAGUUAUCCUAUUGUGGCCCAAAGCCAAACAUAAACCGAUGACAGAGAUAUUUAAUUGUGAAACAAAAAGUAGCAGCAUUUGUUAUCUUUAGUACAACACAGCUUCCUCUUCGCGAUCCGCACGGUUUGGGGAGUAAUCGGACACGAGUAACAAACGCGUGUACAAAGGGGACAACAAACAUGUAGGAUUCGAGUGAAUACAAAACGGCGAUCGAGCUGCGAAGAAAGAAAAAAGUGCAGAACGUAAUGCUUAUUCCUUACGCGCGUCAGGAGCAACCAAACGGCAUGCCAAGUAGUAAGAGUAUAUUACAAAAAUAUAUACAAAAAUAUACAUAUUUCUUUAUUUACUAAAAUGUGCUUCGAGCCUCCUCGGUCGUUUCAGCGAUAACAGGAAGAAAAAUGGUAGCAAGAGUAUAUCUUUAUAUACAUUCAGAGUGGACAAAUACCCAGAGAUACAAACCAAUAUAAACAAAUAGACGAAAUGAAUAAUAACUGAAUUGUGAUAUUUACAAACGUAAUUGAUUACACAAUUUGCUGCAAAAAAUACACGACUGGUGGGAUGCCGGCACAUCGCUUCUGGGCGUCCGGAGGACACAGACGAAGAAAUGCGGCAUACAGCAGCAGUAAAACGGGAGAAAUGCUGGUAGAUUCUUCCGACACGGAUUACUAGGGUACGCAGUAUGCAUAGUCCCAUGGACAACUCAUCUUUGAAGCAGACAAUAUCGUCCUGUGGUCUGUGGAGGAAUGUCUGAACCGAUGAGGAAUAGGAAGCUAUUUUAAUGCACAUCAAGUCAAAGGCAAAAAUAAUUAAAAAGAGACGAAAUAACAGUACCAGUACCGUGUGUAACAUACAAGUUUAAGCAAAAAAGAAGAAACAUGUAAAGCGUACCACUCAUAGACAGUGUGAAACAGCCAGGACCGGGACGCAUGCAUUGGCAUGUAGUUUAUUUUUCGUCCGUAAGAACGGACACGUACCGUACGUAUGAUUGUGUAGUUAAAUUAUGAAAUUUUAUGCAUUAAAGUAGAACGCGCGCGUCGUGCUGUGUUGCACACAGAAUGACCGAAGAGAGUGAGUAGGAUAGCGGUUUGUGAAUAGUCGUCACGAAGACUUUGCUUUUGGCCUCCCCUUUUAUCGCAUCUGGAAAAGAGCUGCUUGCUAAACACAUGGAAUUGCUCGAUGCUAAUGGCGGAAAAAGUCUCACUGCAGAAGUUUGCGUUACAACAGUAACGUCAACGGAUACGUAACUGUCCUGCAACCAAACUUUCCGUCUGUUCAAUCCCAAAACGGACGUAGGGAAAUCGAAAACAAAAGUCGACAUCAUGUUCGUUAACGGGGACUCGGGUAAGCAAGCACACCACGUCCAAGGAGCCAAACGGACCAGGGAAUGUCCCGGACAGCAGAACGCAAUGACGACAGUGAAACGUGAAACAUUCUAUCGAACGAUCUGGUGAUACUUUUUAAUUUUGUUUUAGUGAUAUAAAUUCCAAUUUAACUGUUAAAUAAACACUGUACUCCGAACAUA